GAACUCCCCACCCGUUCUUUAAUCUUUUAUAUCCCCUUUCCCACUCCCUAAACCCUUCAAUCCCUCUUGUUCAAGCCUCAUACAAAAGGGAUCAUCAACAACAUGAACGUACAAGAAGCACCACAAAUGACCACCCACCCCCCAAAUCCUCCCCAGUUUCUUGAAGAACCCAGCAAAUCUCUGCAAGCUGACGAGGGAAGCUCGUUAAAGGGUCGGUGUUCAUCGGCUGAUGGCGUUCAACAAGUAGUUGUCGAUCAAGUUGCUAUAGGAGCGGUGAGGAGGGCUGAAGAAGAAGACAAUGGGCGGGAAAGAUUGAAGAGGCAUAGGAAUGAAGUGGCAAAAAGUAGGGUUUGGAUUCCAGAUAUCUGGGGUCAAGAGGAACUUUUGAAAGAUUGGAUUGAUUGCUCUGCAUUUGAUGACUGUUUGGUUCCCACUGGGAUUACGUCGGCUCGAGCUGCUUUGGUUGAACAAGAUCAACUUCCCGCAGGCUUAGAAUAGAAAACAGGUGUUGAAUUAUAUAUUAUCACUAUCCUUUAUUUGUUUUCUGUUGUAU